CCCCCAAGGAAGCUGCAUCAUGUGUCCUCCAAACUGCUCUUCUGAUUUCGCAUUCUCAUGCUGCCCUGACACAGGGUUCCUGUUUUCUCUCGUAGCAGGUAAAAUGGCCUCCUGCUGGCUCUUCUUGCCCUUGGUUCUCUCAGGCUUCCUCAUAGUUGCUGACUUCAAGAGCCUACAAGAUGGCACCAGCACAAAGAACGUGGAGUCUCCUGCCAACACAAGCGAUUGGAAGUGGAAAGCAGCAGCUGAUGGAAGUAAGGGAUCCUCUCAGUUGUUCCUUCAAAAAAGACAGGAACCAAUCACAAAACAUGCCAAAAGGCCUCCAGCCCUUCCAACAGCUUCAAGCCUCUCAAAGGUUCUGCAGGGAGAGACCACCUCCUUUCCUGUGGAGAUUAUGACCAAAAUUGCAUUCAAAGCUUCCCCGAAGAACAUGCUGCCUGAAACAAAAACCAAGACAAGCAUCCAAGCAUCCAAGCUUCUUCCCCAGGAAGCGACUGUGACGUGGCCGUGGCUGGUUGAUGCCACCUCCAAACCCCCUCAGGCAUCUCUUUCCACAGAGACAUUGGAGCCAGACUUUGAGACCACCAGGCCUGUCCCCCAAAGAAAAGACAGAUUCUCUUCUUUGUCAAAAAAAGUCACACCUAGUUUGGCACUCUUGGAUGAGCUGGUAUCUGCUGCGUCCUCUCACAAUCUGAUUGACGAUUCCGGGUUUUCCACAGCUACCCAGAAACACAUCCCACACUCUCCUGGGCCAGACUUAAAGUCAAAAAUAAAAAUUCUUCCCAUAACAGCUACAUCUGGUUCCACUGCAAUGCCACAACAUCUGGAUGAAAUCUUGUCUACAUCUCAGACUCUGGAGGAGGACACAGAUUUUUCCACAGCCCUCCAUAGCUUGGACUCAGGUGGGCCAGGCCUAAAUCCAAGGGCGAAACCCCUCCUUGCAACAGCCACACCUGAGCCCCAUAAAACACAGAAAUGGCUGGAUGAAAUGGUCUCUACCUCCUUGGCUUUUUCUACACGGUCCCCAAGACAAAGCUUGGGUGUUACCACAUCGGGGUCCUCAGCCACCACCCAAGGGGAAUCUCCCUUUGCCAAGGACAUCAACCUUCUGAUGGGAAAGUGCUUGCUGGCCAUCCUUCUCCUGGCCCUGGUGGCCGCCAUCUUCAUUGUGUGCUCUGGGGUCCUGGCCAUCCUGUUGUGGCGUCAGAAGAGAGCCUACAGACUGGGCCAGGCCAACCACACAGAGAUGGUCUGUAUCUCGUCCCUGCUCUCUGCUGAAAAGGAGGAGGAGGAGGAGGAGGAGAGGAGGAGGAGGCAUCCCAAGGUGAAGCGGGUACAACUUCUCGGGGACACAGCGUCUGAGACGGAGGCGGACAACCUAACCCUGAACAGCUUCCUCCCAGAGCAUUAACAGGGUGCUUUUGUGGUGCUCCAGACAUCUCUGGUCCACCUUCUUAGAGCCUCUUGAUCUUCUCCAAGACGGUCCUCUGCACCCAGAUGACUCUAUCUGCGGUACAUCCGUAUCUUCUCAUCUGGGUGGACCUAACGCUCUGACUCAUGCAUGCAUGUGUUUGCCUGCUAUAGAAACCCAACAUUUACAUUUUGCAAACUGUCGUUUCUUGGAGAACUAUUGUGGCUUGUUAAAAACAAGACUUUGCCUAGCGUUUUUCUGCAGCCUGCAGAUCAAGUUAGGGGUGAAGAAAGGAGACAUUCUGAAAUAUGUAAAUUAUUUGUUAGUUAGAUUUUACUCGGUUUCCUCCCAGGAGCUCAAGGCUUCGGUCCUCUCUGUUCCCCCAGACCCUGAAGAUCGUAUUCAGCUACUCCUCUGCCACAGGAAGAGUUCUCGUUUCCUUUUUUUGAAGCCAUCAUGUCUAGAAAGUAACAACUGAAGCGUGAAGUCUCAGCAUUAGAACAGACCUAGACAGUUCCUCUUUUUUGUAUUUUGCUAGAGAAUUAAGAUUUCUAGACUGUUUUUGAGAUGGGUUUAUGUUUGAAUUUGAGUUGACUGGAGGGGGAGUCUUAAGCAAUCAACAUUUAAAAUAAUUAAACAUUUUGAAACGCAA